AUGGCUGGAAAGGCGGCACCUAAAGACAAGAAGGAUGCCCGCGCAUGGGAAGGGCUGACUCCGCCCCUCGCUGAAUGGAUACUCGACGCCAUCAAGAGCAACGGCUGGGGCGCGCGGAUGACCCCCGUGCAGGCAGCUACGAUCCCGCUCUUUAGGAGGAAUACCGACGUCGUCGUCGAGGCCGUCACGGGCAGCGGCAAGACCCUCGCCUUCCUCGUCCCUGCCAUCGACAAGAUCCUGCGCUCAGACGAGUCCCGAAAGCUACAUAACGUCACCGGAGUCAUCGUCAGUCCAACAAGAGAGCUAGCUACCCAGAUAUACGACGUCCUCACCAAGCAGAUCCUGCCCUUCCACCAGCCCUCCGCCGACCUCCUUCCUAUACUUCAAGACGACGAUAGCAAGAGAUCCGCAGGCACAGAGCCUUUGGUCAUCCCCCAGUUGCUAGUAGCCGGCACCACGAAGCCACGUGCCGACCUCUCCUACUUCGUUCGAAAAUCACCCAAUCUCCUCAUCGCGACACCCGGUCGUCUCGCCGAGCUUCUGUCUUCUCCCCUGGUCAAGACAUCAAAUUUGGAGGUGUUGGUCCUGGACGAGGCGGACCGGCUGUUGGAUCUUGGUUUCAAAGAACAGCUGAACGCGAUCCUCGGAUACCUGCCCAAACAGAGACGAACAGGGCUGUUCAGCGCAUCAAUGAGCGAGGCUGUCUCGGAGCUGAUCAGGGCCGGCCUACGGAAUCCCCAGAGGAUCGUCGUCACCGUGAAGAACUUGAGGGAUGGCGGUAUCAUAGAAGAGAGGAAAACACCCGCAUCCUUACAGAUGACCUAUCUUGUUACCAAAGCAUCUCACAAAUUCCUCGCCCUCGGACAACUGCUAGAGAAGCUCGACCCACGCCCCCAAAAGACCAUCCUCUUCCUUAAUACAUGCGACUCAGUCAAGUACUUCUUCAAGGUCUUGCCGGCAAUAAUGCCCCCAGGCUUCAAGCUCCUCCGCCUCCACGGGAAGCUCGACCCGUCGACCCGGGAGAAGAACUUCAACCAGUUCCUCACCUCGUCAUCGCCAACCGUCCUCCUCUGCACAGACGUCGCGGCCCGUGGCCUGGACAUCCCCCAGGUCGACCUGGUCGUCCAGGACCCGCCCCAGGACCCAAAGACCUACAUCCACCGCGCCGGUCGUGCAGGCCGCGCAGGCAGGCGAGGCCUCGCCGUUGUCAUGCUCCAGCCGGGAAGGGAGGAGGACUUCGUGCCGUUCCUGGAGAUCCGCAAGACGCCGGCGCAGCCCCUGACGCACCCUCAGAUCAAUGUCACGGACGAGGAGGCCGAGGCGGCGUCGGCGCGCAUCCGGGACAUGGCACUGGCGGACCGCGAAGUGUUGGACCUCUCGUUCCGGGCCUUCCCCAGCUUCGUGCGCAGCUACGGCGAGCACCGCGCGUCCUCCAUCUUCCGGGUGGCGGACCUGGACUGGGCGGACCUGGCGCGGCAGUACGGGCUGGUGGCGCUGCCGCGCAUGGCGGAGCUGCGGAAGGUCGAGGGGCUGGACCGCGGGCUCGGGCUGGGAAUAGACGUCGCCGCCAUCGCGUACAAGGACCCGGCGAAAGAGAAGAAGCGCCAGGCCGAGCUGACGGAGCGCCGCGCGGCCGUCGAGAGCGGGGAGGCGGCGGCGGCGGCGGAGCGGCGGGUCGCGCAGAGGCGCAAGAACGAGCCGUGGAGCGGCAAGGUCGUCAAGGAGGAGACGAGGACGCGGCGGCGCGAGAGGAAGGAGAAGAAGAGGGAGGCCGCGCGGCUGGCGGGGCUUACGGACAAGGAGAAGGAGGAGCAGAGGGCGCUGGAGGAGAUGCUUGCCAAGGUCCGGGAGCAGGUCAGGCGGGAUACUGCUAAGGCUGGGGCGAGUAAGAAGGGUGAUACCUUUGAGGGUUUUGAUGAUUGA